CUGUUGAUGCUUGUUUCACGUUAGAUUAGAUUAGAUUAGAUAUGAAGUACGAAAAAAAACAAAAUUACAGCAGCCGAUAUUCCUCAACAACUCAAUCUUAUGUAAAUAAUCUUGAUGAUGGUUGUUUAAUGCAUAUCUUCAGUUUCUUAUCUCCAAUUCCCGAUCGGUAUAACACAGCCCUCGUUUGCCACAGAUGGCUUUUCUUGGCGUGUCACCCUCGCCUAUGGUUGCGAGUUGAUCGCACCGUCAAAGCUUUAGCAGAAUCUGGUGUCUUUCCAAGUAUUGAAGAAGCUGUUGUUGCUGCAAGGCCAGGGGACACCAUAUUGAUUGGAGCAGGAGGGUUCCAUUUUGCUUCCAAUAUUCAAAUCAAUAAACAACUGUGCUUGAUUGGAGGAGGCGAUGUGCCUGAUGAUACAACACUUGUAUGUUCCCAAGGCUCAGACAGUGCCCUGGAGUUUCUUUCAACUUGCAAGUUAGCAAACCUAACAGUAAAGGCAGAGUUGGGAUGCUGCUUACUCCAUAGAAGUGGUAGACUGAUCAUCGAAGACUGUAAUCUGCAAUGUGAGUCCAAUCCCUUAGACUAUCUUUCCUAUGCUAUUAUCACCACUGCCGGUGCAUGUGAGGCAUUGCCACCAUCCACAGCAAAGAGAAAUGGCAAUAGUGUGUCGGUUUCUCAAACCAGAAUCGCAGGAGGGGCAAAAGCAGUUUUGACUAGUGGAACACUCGCACUGCAGCGAGUGCGUGUCAUAUAUGCACGCACUUCUCUGUUAUUCUGGUUUGACGUUGUUCAUCAGUUAUAGUUAUACGCACUUUGCUUACCUCUGUUGUAUAAUAUUCGUCAGGUAGAUCACCUUUUUUAUGGGAUAAGUGUUGUCGAGGAUGUUUAUAUUGUUCAUUUGUAUUAUUGUUGGUUGUCGGAUUGUUGCACAUUCUAACUGCUUCAAAAUAUCAAUGGCUCGUGUGAUUAUAAAUUUAAUUCCAUAUUCUUAUC